AUGAGUGAUACUAGUAUUAAACCAGGGGAAGAUAAUGGAAGCCCAAGUUGGUAUCCCCUUCCUUUCAUUGAUAUCAAAGUUAUAGAAGACUCAGAACAAGUGAAAUAUAAUGGUACAUAUAAGCAUGUCAAUUGUAGUGGGAAAGUACGAAAAGGUGAUGGACUCACAUGUUUUAUCUGUAGAGAUGAAGAUGACAACUGUGACAGUGAUACUUACAGAGAUGAUGACAAUACCGUGGAUGAUAAUCUUAGAACUGAUACUAACAGAGAUGAUGAUCUUGGAACUAAUACUAACAGAGAUGAUGACAAUACCGAUGAUGAUCAUCUUGGAACUGAUACUAACAGAGAUGAUGAUCUUGGAACUAAUACUAACAGAGAUGAUGACAAUACCGAUGAUGAUCAUCUUGAAAUGAUUCUAACAGAGAUGAUGACAAUACCGAGGAUGAUUAUCUUGGAACUGAUACUGAUGCCAUAA